CAGGUUAUUAUUGAUUCCCUUGCAUUCAGUCUGACACGAAUGGCAGAACGCGCACAGCCGUUUCCUUCUAGCCCUGGGCGGCAGCAACAUGCUAUCUGUUCAAAUGUUACUACAGUACUGGAUGCUAACACACGUGCAAAGACACCAAAUGAAAACAGUAAAUCUCUAGUCAAUACAGAACUAAUAAGGUACCAAGAUUCAGGUGACAAAAAACUUCAAGAGUCUACAACCGCAACACUAACCCAGACUGCAACUGAAAGGAGUGAAGAUCAGCCAUUACUACAGGUUACACCAAAGCAGUUUCUUCAUGAUCUCUACACUAAAAGAGAUGAAGUAGAAGCACAUGUGCAGUCCUUGAAGAACAGGAACACUGUUCUUACAAAGUCAGCAGAGAACCUCAAAGAACAGAUUUCCAAACAAUAUGAAGCAUUAAGAAAAAUCCUGAACAGUGAUGAGAAAGCUUCACUGGAACUCAUUGAAAUUGAAAGGAGGGUUGCUUCGGGAAAACUCCAAAAGAUCAUCAAAGAAUGGACCAGCAACUUAGAUCAAAUAAAUAAAUCCAUCAAAGCAACUCAAAAAGUUGUUGACCAAGAAGAAUGUAAAGUUCAGUCAUGUCAACCUCAAGAAGAAAGCAAACUGCAAUCAAGUCAAACGACAGAUAUCAAACUUAGUGAAUACAGUUAUGCAAAGAAAACAGAGAAUGAAAUCCAGACCAUUAAAAUUGAUGAAGUCAGAUUUCAGAAGUUAUCAAAGCUCAUACGGAAUAUUUCAACAGACUUAUAUUCGCAACUGCUAAGAAAGACAUUUUUAUUAGAGUACUCGCCAGUUUUCCUCGACACUGCAUCAGCACAUAAAAACAUGCUGGUUUCAAAGGACCUAACCUGCAUGUCCGUAAGCACCGAGUCACUAAACGUUCCCGAGAGCCCUCUGCGAUUUGACAAGGUCUGUAAUGUCUUAGCUGCCAAAGGUCUAAUGAGAGGAAAGCAUUACUGGGAGGUGGACAUCAAGUCUUCUGCACAAUGGUGUGUCGGAAUUGCAUACGGAUCCAUAGAUCGGAAAGGGAAGCACAAGUCCACAAAACUGGGAAGAAACAGACAAUCAUGGUGCAUUGAACUAAAGGCUAACCAACUUUUGGCUUGGCAUAACGGUAGAAAUGUCAACUGUAGUAUGAAACCCUCUAAGUUGGAAAAAGUGGGAGUGUAUAUUGACUAUGAAAAAGGACUUGCUGCAUUUUACAAUGCAAAUAGCAUGAAGUUGAUUCAAGAAUUCUCCAACAUCACAUCAAGUCUUUUUGACAGAAUGCACCACCAUUUCACUGAGCCAAUCUAUCCUGCUUUUCGUCUUUUUCCACUUGUUGCUGGUCCUACCCACUUUGAUAAGUUGGAGAUAUGCAAAUUAGAAAUUUAAAAAGCAGACAUGGCAGAUAUAUUACUGCUCGAGUAAGAAGAACAAUACUGUAAUGUUUGUAGUAAUCGGGGCUAAAUGGUGCCAAGCUAGGUUAAGUAUGAAACUGUACAGAAUGUUUUAUGCAGCAGAUUUAUUCGCAGAAUGCAGCAGUACAAAUCCCCGCCUCCUACCUACCAAUCAAACCUGUGUCCCACAGGCCCUAUUCAUGUAUGAAUAAAGACGUGAUCAACCAAAACCUUCCCAUUGUUGAAUGAAUGCUUUUUGAAAAAAAAAACACUUCCCAUUACAUCAUUAUUCUGCUUUUUAAUAAUUAUAAUUUAAUUUUUUUUAAAAAUCGGUGAGAUUUGUGUAAAAUAAAACCUUUUGACUUGUUUGCUGGAAGCAUCUUACCUGCAUCGGGCUUUAACAGUCACCUGAAAUUUAAAGACUAUCCAAUUGCAAUGAAUUGCUACAAUAUUAAAAUACUGUUUAAAAAAAAGUCUCAUGUACAUAUCUCAAAAACAGCAUGUUUGCUGGUUCUAAAGAUCAUUUGGUUUCAUCCUAGACACUCCUUUCUUUCAACCUGUGGAGCUCCUCUGCCUAGACAUGGACUCAGUUCACUAACUUUGUGACUUCUAGCUUCAGGUUAACUUCAUAUUCCUACUUUGGAAUUUCAGUGUCCUACUUUAUUUGGCUUUAAUUUUAAUUUUCUUUGAAUUUUUCUCAAUUUCUUUCAUUUGCCAAAUUUAUUAAACAAGAAAAAUAAAGAUAAAUAAGUUCCCUCAUCAACAAACACUAAUGCAACCUGCAAACCUAAAUACUCUCGGUAUAAUCCAGAUCUGUUAAGAGACAUUAUGUUAACACAGUUGCUGUUCUUGUUAAAAUUUGUUUGUUAAAUUCUGCUGGACAUAUUUUUGUGUCUGUAAUAAACUCAGUACGAUUUAUCAAUAAAUUUUGAUCACCUUUGCAUUUAGACAAGAAAUACAGAAGGAUAGUACCCAAGCUCUGUAGUACAACUUUUUUUUGCAGUUUUUACAUACUAAAGAUAACAAAGCAUACAACUGAAAUAUUUCUUUCGUACAAUGGAACGGGAACAAAAAUUUAGAAUUUUAUAUUGU